ACCGCCGUUAAACCUCAUCGAAAAAGAAGACGGACGUCAACAUCAGGAAGAAGAGGACAACUUUUGUUUUCAUUGCAGCCGUUUCAAUCUAAAUCACGGUUUAAUGCUUUUUUGUUGUUGUGAUAACUGAAUUCUGUGAACUUAGUUUUCUUACUUGCUGACAACAUGUAUGACAGCUAACGUUGGUUUGUCAGCCGCUAGCCCACCUGGUGAUAGCUAGUUGUAGCCGGAAUUUGAUUUGGUGAAAUGGUGCUACCAGAGAAAGCAGAAUAAACAAACAGAAUAUAGACGAUACACAUUAUACAAACAGACAGUACACCAGCUAGGGUGUUUUCUUCAAACAGUCGAGAUGACGGAUGCAAGCUCUGAACCAGCUGGAACCAUCAAGGCCAUUGACCGGCACUCUGUGCAUCAGAUCUGCUCUGGACAAGUUGUGUUGACCCUGGCCACAGCUGUCAAGGAACUGGUUGAGAACAGUAUUGAUGCAGGGGCCACCAAUGUAGACAUUAAAUUGAAGGACAGCGGAACAGAGCUUGUGGAAGUGUCUGACAACGGCAAAGGAGUGGAAGAGGCUAAUUUUGAAGGACUAACCUUGAAGCACCACACAUCGAAGCUGAAGGAUUUCUCUGACCUUAUCCACGUGGAAACAUUUGGCUUCCGAGGGGAAGCCCUCAGCUCUCUAUGUGCCCUCAGUGACCUCAAUGUUGUGACCUGUCAUGAGGCUGCCCAGGUGGGCACCAGGCUGGUGUUUGACCACAACGGUCACCUGACCCAACGGUCGCCCCACCCCAGGCAGCAGGGCACCACGGUCAGCCUGUCGCAGCUCUUCUACACCCUGCCCGUCCGACACAAGGAGUUCCAACGCAACAUCAAGAAGGAAUACACCAAGAUGAUUCACGUGCUCCAAUCCUACUGCAUCAUCUCUACAGGGGUUCGUAUCACAUGCACCAACCAGACGGGACAGGGCAAACGCACCCCGGUCCUCUGCACCAGCGGCAGACAAAGUAUGAGGGACAACAUUGGAGCCAUAUUUGGCCCCAAACAGUUGCAGAGUCUGCUUCUAUUCCAGCAGCUCUCCCCUACAGACAACAUCAAGGAGGACUAUGGACUGAAUAACGCAGACCUACCCAAAGACCUCUUCACAAUCUCCGGUUUUGUGUCGCGAGGGGAUCAUGGUGUCGGGAGAAGUGCCACAGACAGACAGUUCUAUUACAUCAACAACCGACCGUGUGAUCCUUCUAAGGUGUCCAAGGUUGUGAAUGAAGUGUAUCACACGUUUAACAGACAUCAGUAUCCAUUUGUUGCAUUGAACAUCACUGUUGCCUCAGAGUGUGUGGAUGUGAACGUCACUCCAGACAAGCGUCAGAUCUUCCUCCAGGAGGAGAAGCUCCUGCUAGCAAUCAUGAAGAGCUCUCUCAUCGCCAUGUAUGAGACUGAAGUCAACAAGAUCAGCCUCAACCACACGUCCUUCUCCACCACCAGUAAACACACUUUACAAGAUUCCUACAGACUAGCAGAGCCUCCAUCUGAUAUGGAAGGAUGCCAGGUUCCAUCAUCUGAGACGGCUCCUGAAGCUGGAGAUGAUUCAGAGUCUGUGAUACCAAGCCCCCGGUCAUCUCUCAACCUGGCUGAAUUAAAGGCUGCUUUCUCAAUGCACAACAGCCCAGGCAGUGGGUCCAAGUCGAACACUACUAAAGCUGCCAACACUGGUCCAACGCAGAAGAAGCUGCAGUCUUUCUUCGGAGGCUCUGAGAAGAGUCAGAAAACACACAGGCCAAGUUUACAAUCUCCUUUGAAAUCCAGUCAAGGUGCAGUGAAAUGUUCUCCUGUGGGGAGGUCUGUGCUGGAAGGGUUCCGGUAUGGAAGGACGCAGGACAGCGACGUAGACUCUGGCAGAGAGAGCGUCCUGUCGGAGCACAGCUCCCCCACAGCCACCCCAGAGAGCCUCUAUGCAACUACACGGUCAGAGUUGAACUCGCCAGACAUCACAGUAGAUGACGAAGCCAGUAUAAAAAGCGAGGCACUCGAUGAACCUUUGGACGAGGAAAGCACAGUUGCUAGGCACUUUGACCGGCAGAUUGAACCACAUGUUUCAGAGAAGUCUGAGGAGAUGAGCUUCAGUCCCAACACCAAGAAGGCCAAACUAGAGGAUGACCAGUUCUCCUCAGAGAACAAGACCACACAUUCAGCUGGUUCUGAGUCUAAUGUGGACGCCCCAUUCUGUGUACAGAAGAGGGCAGUGCCACUGCAGUUCUCUGUACAGGAGCUGAGUGGGAGGGUGAGAAGGCUGCAGGAACAGCGUAGAGAGAAGGCUGAAGACGGUCUGCGCUACAGACGCUUCAGAGCCAAGAUCAGCCCUGGAGAGAAUCAGAGUGCUGAGGAUGAGCUGAAGAAAGAGAUAUGCAAAGACAGUUUUAAGGACAUGCAGAUAAUCGGCCAGUUUAACCUGGGCUUCAUCAUAACUAAGCUCAACUCUGACAUCUUCAUGAUCGACCAGCACGCCACUGACGAGAAGUACAACUUUGAGAUGCUUCAACAACACACCGCACUGCAAGGACAGAGACUCAUUGUUCCACAGAAUCUCCACCUCACAGCAGUCAGCGAGAACGUUCUCAUGGAGAACCUUGAGAUCUUCAGAAAGAACGGCUUUGAUUUCCUCAUAGAUGAGGAGGCCCAGGUGAUGGAGCGGGUGAAGCUGGUGUCCCUGCCCACCAGUAAGAACUGGACGUUUGGUCCGGGGGACAUCGAGGAGCUCAUCUUCAUGUUGAGUGACAGCCCGGGGGUCAUGUGUCGGCCGUCUCGUGUCAGGCAGAUGUUCGCCUCCAGGGCCUGCAGGAAGUCGGUGAUGAUCGGUACUGCUCUGAGCACGAGUGAGAUGAAGAAGCUUGUGGUUCAUAUGGGGGAGAUAGAGCAGCCGUGGAACUGUCCACAUGGCAGACCCACUAUGAGACACCUUGCUAACUUGAACAUCAUCUCACAAGACUGAAGUUUACAUUGGUUUCUCAACUCAGCUGGACCGGCUCAAAGAGAUAUACUGAAUACCUCUCUAAACAGUGUUGGCCUGCUCUUAUAUAUCUGAAUAGACACAAGUUUGCUAACUCAUUAUGUAAAAUCAAGCACUGUUAGAUUAUUUUUAUUGUCAAAUAAAUAUGGACUGAAGAAAAAAAUAACGUUUUACCAAUUUAACACUGCAUGUUCAUGUUCAGCCUUCAUAGUUUUAUAUUUCUACAAAUUUCAUUUUUAAGUAUGCAUUCAAUAAAAUAAUCU